UGAAGGGCAAGGGAUCAGGGCAGGGAAUGAGCGGGAGUGGGGGGUGGGAUCCGGGUCGACAGCUUUGGGGCAGGACCCCCGGCUGCUGUGUCUUCCCCUCGUCCCCUCCCCCCGCUGCUGGGCUCACAGGUCAAGCCCCCUUUCCGAUGGACAGGGUCAUGCAGCUGAGCUGGCUUCUGGUCUUCCUGUCCCUUUGCCUGGGUAUCCUGCCCACCAGGGCAGGAGAAGGAAAGCGAAAGCUCCAGAUCGGAGUCAAAAAGCGGGUGGACCACUGCCCCCUCAAGUCCCGCAAGGGCGAUGUGCUCCACAUCCAUUAUACAGGGAAACUGGAGGACGGCACCGAGUUUGACAGCAGUCUCCACCGUGACCAGGCCUUUGUCUUCUCUUUGGGGACAGGCCAGGUCAUCAAGGGCUGGGACCAGGGGCUCCUCGGGAUGUGUGAGGGGGAGAAGCGGAAGCUGGUGAUCCCUUCAGAACUGGGAUAUGGGGAUCGAGGAGCUCCCCCGAAGAUUCCAGGUAGAGCCACAUUGGUGUUCGAAGUGGAGCUGCUGAAGAUCGAGCGGAGACCUGAGCUCUAGUGGAGGGGUUGGGGAGGGCAAUUGGGAGGGAGGGAGGGAGAGAAGUAAGGAAGGACGUCCUUCUCUCAGGGGACCAGCCUUUGUUUAAAAAAAGU